AUGUUCGCGCAACGACCUUCAUCCCGCUUCCUCGCCACAGGCGCCAUCAUCUCAAUCGUCGCCUUUACAUUCCUCCUCCUCGGCACGCGCCGGUCGCGUGACGCGGCAUCAAGAUAUAUUCUGAAGACACCUAGCGCGGCAUCGCAAUCACAAUCGCAUUGUGAGCUAGACGCGCAUGCAGCUGUGUCGAAUGGGAGUUGGGAAUUCACAGCUGCGCGUGAUGGAUUGAACCAUGGACUUUCAGAUGAGCAGUGUCGAAUGGCAUUCCCGAAGCUUUUCGUGGAGGUGGAUAAGUCUGCGUCAUUGAAACAGGAGGCGCGUAUCACAUACCAAGAUUUGAAUUCGAGAGAGGUGGAGGAUGGAAUGGUUCGCGCGAUCAUUGACAAGGGCCAAUUAUACAUCGUCGAGUACGCCCCCAUGCCCGUCACAGCAUCGCGUGCCCGCGCGACACUAAACUCCCUACACCGUGCUUUGGUGGCUUACCCUGGCCGGGAUCGUCUACCGAGUAUUGAAUUUAUCUUCACGACUGAGGACUUCGCCAACGACCCAAUUGGAAAGAGCCCGGUGUGGGCCUAUUCUAAGCGUGAUACAGACGACUCCGUCUGGCUGAUGCCCGACUUUGGGUACUGGGCCUGGCCAGAGGUACAAAUCGGACCAUACCACGAAGUGCGACGACGCAUUGCCGCCAUUGAUGACGGUGAAACAUCUGAGGACGGAUCAUAUGUACCUGGCUUGCGUUUCCAGGAUAAGAAGAAGCAGCUUGUCUGGCGCGGAAGCUUAGCGACCAACCCAGGAAUUCGCAGCAAGCUUCUCAAGUCCGCCCAGAGCCGAAGCUGGGCCAGCGUUCGAGUGAUCGACUGGGACGACGAGAAUGACAUCCGCUUCAACCUCCUCCCCAUCGAGGAUCAUUGCCGCUACAUGUUCCUCGCCCAUACAGAAGGGCGUAGUUUCUCCGGCCGCGGCAAGUAUCUCCUCAACUGCCGCUCCGUGGUGAUCUCGCACCCACUCACCUGGCGUGAAGCACACCAUGCUGCGCUCGUCUCGUCUGGCCCGGAUGCGAACUACAUUGAAGUCGACAACGACUUUGCGGACUUGCCCCGCAAGGUGGACUUUUUGAUCGACAACCCGCAGAUCGCCGAGCGCAUUGCUGCGAAUGCGGUCCGCACAUUCCGCGAUCGCUACCUUACGCCAGCGGCCGAGUCUUGUUAUUGGAGGCACCUUGUGAGGCAGUAUGCGUCUGUCCUUGAUUUUGAACCGGUCUUAUUUGCGACGAGUCGUGAUGGGAAGGUGGCCCCAAGAGGCGUGCCGUUCGAGACUUGGUUGCUUAUGAAUUAA